ACGACACUUGGUAAUUCUCACAAAAUGUUUAUCAUCAUUUACAUAUUGGGAUCUUCACAAGCAGAAGUUUACUGGUGUUUGGUCAACAUAUUAUUCUGAUGUAGUUUUAAGCAGAAGCCAAGAUUUUAGUCAGAUUCCAGACUCUUUUUAUGAUAAGCUAAUCAGGGUUGGUUUCAAUGAAUUCCCUGGUAUUUUUUCUCUAAUUGAUAACAACUCAGACAGUCAUACAUUUGAAGGACUUCUACUGAGAACUUUUACAGAUAAGUACAGACUUCAAACCAAAUUUAAAAAUGCAAAUGGUUCGAUUGGAGGAAAAGAUCCUGACACUGGGGAUUGGCUGGGAAUUACAGGAAUGGUUAGAUAUGAUGAGGUUGAUCUUGCUAUUGGUAAUCUUGCAACAGAUCCUGAAAUCAAUGAGUAUACUUCUCCUUCUCCCCAGAUUAUAGCAACUCAUGCUGUUUGGGUUACAAGGUUUCCCGGAAAAAUUUCAAGUGCAUACAAUAUUUUAAAGGUUUUUGACAUUUUCACCUGGAUUGCGAUUCUAAUCAGCUUAAUUUUUGCAACAAUUGUUCUUCUUUUCUUGUCUAAUCUGUUGAAAACCCUUGGAUUUAAUCAGCCAGAUCACGUUAUGAUAGCAUUGCUGCCACUGUCCUUACUGAAUGCAGAGGGAAUGCCGGACUGGUUUUUGUUCCACAAUAAACGAAUACUUUCUGGAAGUGUAUUGGUUUUAACUUGGGCUUUAGCUUCAACGUUACUAACUUUUGCUUUUUCUAGCAAUCUUAGGGCAAUAGUACUGUCACCUGCUACUGGUGUUCCACUUGAAAAAUCAUCUGAAAUUGUUGAAAGAGGAAUGUACAUUAUCAUGGAAGAAGUGGCUAGAAGUUACUGGUCUAACUACUUCUUGUUAUCUCCAAAUCCAGAUCAAGUCAAGCUGAUGGAAACUGUUGUCUUUAUCAAUUCUACGAUUGAGGCAGUGAAACAGACAUAUUAUGAUAAAAAUGCUGUUCUUCUUGGUGCCCGGGGGUAUGUAGAAGGAUCAUUAAAAGAGAACCAAGAAUUUCUAGAGAUUCUAUUGAAAACUAAGGAACCUCCUUUUUACUAUGGAGAGGAACAACUUUGGCCCUUUUAUGGUUUUUGGCUUACUCAAAAGAAUUCGAUAUGGUCUGAACGUAUAUAUAAUCAUCUAUUAAUUUGUGAGCAGGCUAAAUUAGAUUCUAAAGUAUGGAAUACUAUGUUUAAAGGAUUGAUAUUUGAGGAAUAUUCUACAAAUUUG